AUGUUCGCGGGCAUAAGGGCCACACAGAGGAAUAAGUUGACCAGUUCCUUGUUCACCUCAACAUUUGCAAUAUGCGUGGCAUUAGUUGGCGCAAACUCUUUACUUCCAUGUCCUAUGGACAGCGUUCAUGGUAAUGAUUCAGUUAUAGAGGACAGGUUAUCCAAGAGAAAAGUUCCGGUAGAAAAAUGA